UUUUGAUUUGGGCCUAUUCAAUGGUUGGGCUCGGAAGGUCCAAACUUCAAAAUAGCAAAGACACAGCAGAAGAGAAGCGAUUGGGGUUUGUUUGUUUGUUUGUUUUGUUGAUAUUGUGUUCAUUCAUUCGUUGAAGUUGAAACUUGAAUAUCGAUUCAUCAGAUUCUGAUCUAAUCAAUGAGAUCAAAAUUGGGGUUUGAUUGCACUUGCAGUUGCAGGUCUUUCUCUAUUAAGGUUUCUUUCUUCUGUUGAAAUGGUCUAUAGUAAUUAUACUUCUGCCAAUGAAUCUCAUUGUUUAAUCCUGAUUAUACGUUUCCCGAAAUGCAAUUAGCGUCAAAUGGUGACAAGGAAGAAUGUUCAGAAAGCGAACCCAUCUUGAAUCAGCAUCUUCAUUUGCAACCAUCUGGAGAAUCCUCCUUUUCCUGUGAAAUUAUUCCUAUUUCUGCUACUCCCAAUGAUGAUCCUGAUGAUGAUGAUGAUUUACAAAACGUCCGGGUUGAUGAGACCUGUCAUCUUGUAAAUGCAGAUCAGCCACAAUGCCGAAUAUGCCUCGAUAUUGGAGGAGAAGAUUUAAUUGCACCAUGCCAUUGCAAAGGUACGCAAAAGUACGUCCACAGAUCAUGUCUCGAUAAUUGGAGAUCCACCAAGGAGGGCUUUGCCUUUUCUCACUGUACAGAGUGCAGAGCAGUCUUCAUAUUACGUGCAAAUGUCCCACCAGAUCGGUGGUGGUUGAGACUAAAAUUUCAGUUCCUUGUUGCUCGGGAUCAUGCAUUCAUUUUCAUAAUUGUUCAACUGGUUGUUGCUUUCUUGGGAGUGCUUGUGUACAAAUUUUAUGGAGAUGAACUGAGAGAAAUGUUUGGUUAUGAAGAACAUCCGUAUGGAUUUUAUACAAUGGCUGUUCUAGCCAUUGUUUUGGUGGGCUUGCUCUAUGGCUUCUUCAUAGCGAUAAUAUGUGGCCAGAGAAUCAAUGAACGCCACUAUCAUGUUCUUGCCAAACAAGAAUUGACUAAGGAAUAUGUGGUAGAAGAUCGAGAACGUGUAAAGAAUGUGCCUGAACUUGAUCCCAGCCAUGUGACAGAGCUAAGGAUGUUGGGCCUUUACUAGUUGAAUCAUGUUGAAUUUGUUGCAUUUGCGGCUUGUCUCCAUGGUCCCUUUCAAAUUUGUAGAUCAUAUUGGUCUGUUCGCAGUGAUGCCCCAUUAAUAUGGCUGUUUGGGCACCUACUGGCAGUGCAUAGCCACAAGGGCGUCGUUUAUCUCCAACACCCUGUGUACUCUAUUUUGAUUCUUUAUUAUUAAUUAUUGCUUUUACAGCAAACUCAUGAAAGAAAUAUGCUAAUUCAACUGGAAAAUUCCUCGUGUAUCGAUGUUGUUUGGUGGAGUAUAAAGGAAAAAAGUGCAGAUCCUAUAAACCUGUAGCUGCUGCAUGGAGACAUUUGUACUUGUAACUUACUAAGUCCCUCAUGUAACCCACAGUUCAGUUUUAUUUUGCAAUUUUUUUCUUCCAAUUAUAUACAAAAUAUUGCAAUCGAAUGUAGAUUUUGCCUUUCCAAGUUUUUAAACUUAAUAUUGGCCCCGGUGUGUUUGAUUGUCAAGAGCUAAACAAUUAUGUGUUGUUUAGAAUAUGUUGCAUAAUGCCAUCGACAACUGUUAUUGU